AUGAAGGUAGCGUUGCUCAGCCUGGCUGUGGCCGCCACAGUCGUUGCCCAAGAUGGGUACAAGGCUCAGCCGCAAUACGGCGACAAACCUGCCAAGUACGAUGACGGAUACGGCAAGGAACCGUCUGGGUACGGCAAACCCGGGUACACGGUAACCCGUCCGCCCAAGCCGACAACAGGCCCAAAGAAGCCAUUCGACCAGUUCUACGACAACCUCAAGUUGUGCAAGGUCGAAGGGGACCUCGCGCUGUGCAUUGCUACGGCCCAGUCUCGCCGCGACUGCAUGAGCGACAAGCGUGUGAACAAGUGCACGUCUCAGUUUGUAACAGCUUUGUGCUCGGAGCUUGCGACGACGACCACCGGCACGUACAACAACGGGUACUUUAGCGCUACCACCGACUCGUGUGUGGAUGCGGCUCUGGCUGACUCGCUCUUGGUCUACAACAAGUUGUUGCGUGAAGUGAACACGGCGCUGUCGAUCACGACGCAGUUCGACCAGUGGACUUUCACUACUGUGAAACUCGCGCUGGCGAGCACGCGCAACCAUGCCGACUGCGUCAUCAAGAGCUUCUUCAACUUCCUCACGGAGUCGGCCAACAACAAGGUCCUGCGCAAGCAAGACCGACAGUGCUUGGACGAAGCGUUGAACAACAAGAACUGCGAGUGGGCGCAAGACGCCACGGAUGGUUGGAACCUCCCAUCGUUCCUCCGGCGCUACGGCAACCUCGCGUUCAACCAAGCCAUUCGGUACAUGGAAAGCCGCUUCGGGUCAUCCCAGAAGAGCCAACUCAACCACGCGAUCUCGGACUUGCUCGAAGCCGUCAAAGACCAAAACACGCAAUUCGUCGAGUUUAUCAACUCGGACUACGAUUUCACCCACCGCACGACUACGGUACAGCUCUGCUCGUUUGUGCCUCCGAGCCACAGCGUCGGGUACCAGAUGAAUGGCAAGGUCGUUGGAGUCGACGCGAGCAAGAUCAAAUUCCACUUGCCAAUCACGGAUAGUCACGACAUUUGGUAUGCGGAACCCACGACGAGCUGGAAGAAGCGCAAAGGAGAAAAGGUCCCUCCCAUCGUCGCGACAUGCGACGCGUACUACAAGGAGACCAAGGAUGCGUACGACGCGGACGUGGCCACGGGGACAAAGUGGAUGGCGUACAAAGUCAAAGCCGAUUCGUCCUUCGUCGGCCGCCGCGGCAAGAACUUGGACGUCGAAUGCAUCAAGGCGGACGAAGGCGAAGGUUGCAAGUUGUUCUCGGACAAGGAAAUAGCUGCCGCCGUGGACGACGCCAACAAGGACGACAAGGACAAUAAGAAGAAAGUCAAGACGUUCAGCGUCGGCGACCGCGUCGACGCGGCUCACGCAGCCUUUGUUAAGAAGGCGCGCGACACCCUUGGUACCUCGCCUGACCGUUGCUUUGGACUGAGCGGCCACUUCAUCCGCUUCUUGGAAACCGGGGAGGUGAAGCCCGUCACAUUUGCCGAUCCGACUGUCCGUACUUUCGACGGCAAAACCGUCGCGAUCAAGAGCCCCUACUGCAAGGCCGCGUCAUGGGUCGAACCGCACUCGUGCAACUCGCACUUGACCCACUCGUCGUUUAAACGCCUGUGCCAAACGUUGAAGCGCAGCUGGGACUUGGACACCGUCGUGCCCAUCGUGAGCACUCGAUGCUUCCCUCAAUCGUGCGUGUUGGCUCAGUUGGCCAAGUGCAUGGACGUUCCUGAAAAGGUCGAAACCGGCUACGACUACGUGACGAAGCCCCAACCUGGCUACAACGGGUACCGCAACAACUAUUACCAGCGCUCGAUGUUGGCGCUGGAGUCGGUAAACACUGGCGUGCUCGCCAUGGCUGGUUUCGUCGCUGGUGCCGCCGUGGUCGUGGUGGCUCAAGUCAUGCUAAAAACUCGCGCCACAGGCGCCGCUUCCAGCUACUUGCUCGUUUAA